GCCUACAGAUCCGCCCACAAUUCCAUCCGCCGCCGCGAAUCCUCUCCUCCUCGCUCGCCUCCCGAUCCAGAGCGCGCUCCGAUGGGCUGCGGCGGCGACAACGACGGCUUGACCUCCAAGGUCCUGCGUCACAUCCGUGGGUACUACAGGGAAGCGAUCGAGCAGCUGCCGGUGGAGGAAUUCCCCUCUCUCCUCACCUCCGGCGCCUGCUUCGGGCUCCUCGACCCCGUCUCUAACAUCAUCGUCAACACCACAACCGCCGGCAAGGAGGAGAGCACGCCAUGGGCGAGGAAGAAUAGGAGGAAGCGGAAGAGAUCGCAGAAGAUAAUGGAGGAGGAGAUGGACAAGGAGAAGGUUCUGGACCAGCUCGCCCGCGGCAUGGCCAAGCUAUCGCUGGACGGUCUCCUCACCUUCCUUGUCUGCCACUUCAGGUACCUGCACACAUGGGAAGCCCUGCGCUACCUCUGCCUCGCUAAGGCCGACCUCCUCGUCGCCGCACGCCUCAUCGACCUAGAUCGCUGUGUGACGUCGUCGUCCUUCUCCUCCACUGAUCCCAGCUCCACCAGCUUCAAGGUGGCCCUCAAGUGCGCCGCCAUCUCCGCCAAGCACCCCUGCCCUGCCACCCUCGCCGACAUUUGGCUAUCCUUGGCUACGUCUCCUCUUCCGGACCAGCAGCACCAGCUCCUCCAGCUCACCUCGCACCCACGCCUUCAGGAUCUGCUCCUCACGCUCCCUCUGCCCGUGGGGCUCGGCCACCUUCACAAGCCUCGUCAGCUCAAAGCUCUGCGGCAGUACCACAAGAAGCGGAACAGGGACCGCGCGAAGAAGGAGGUGCCUCCUGGGCUGACGGUAUCCCUCAUCCGUCAGCUCCUUGACAUGAUCCACCGCAUCUACCUCAGGGCGAUCGCCGGCCUCCCGAGGGACGCCUUGCGCGUGCGCCACCACCGCGGCCUCCUCAAGGCCGGCCACUGCUUUGGUCCCAUGGAUGACCCUGUCUCCAACAUCCUACUCAAUACCAUCUGGUACGACACUGCGUUCCCGCCUCAACAGGAGUUCCUGGUGGACAUGCUCUGCACCAGGAGCCUCGCCCGCGUCCAAGCCCGCUCAGCAGCUGGCCUUAUCAGCUUCCUCGGCACCCGCUUCCCUGACCUCUCAAGGCAUGACGCCAUCGUGUUCCUGCUCCAGGCAGAUGCCAACCUUGAUAAGGCCAUUUCCAGGGCUCAGCGUGAAGGCCAUGAUGCAUCUGGAUCAUUGGAGGAGGCCUACAGGGUGGCCGCUCUCCAGGCAUGGCAUCCUGACCAAGAAGCACUAGCAGAAUUUGCCCUAUCAACUGUGCCAAUGGUGCCACCCGCAGUGCUGUCGCACCUGAGGACCAGGGACCGCUCACUCUCUGGUGAGGAUGUUGAAGCCAUCUCUGCAUCCUUGGCGGCGGCGCUAGGAUCUCCUUCCUCCUGCGGUCGCCGGUCGAUGCCCCAAGUACCGAAAUUGAGCACCCUGGCUGCCGAUUUGGUCGCACGCCGCCAGGAUAAAUUCGACGAUGACCAGUUCUUCUUUCGAGGCAUUGUUGAGGCUGCACUGCAAUCUGCGGGACCUCAGUAUCAGCUCCAUGUUAUCUGCGGUGUGAAUGCACAGGUAGCCGAGAAUGGGAAGCAUGGUUACUAUGAUAUCAGAGAUGGGCACCCAUACUGUCAUAUCAACUUCUGGGCAAGACCAAGGGGUUCACCUUCUGCAGCAGGAACAGCCCCCAAGCUGUUUUUCGUUGAAUGCAGCAAUGAUGAUGAGGACACUGAGGUGCUCCGUUGCUGUGUCGUAGAUCCGUCAACAGAUGCUGGUCGUUGCUUUCACUGCGAGUAUAAAGGGACCAAAGUUGUGCAUCCAUCUUUUGGAACAUACCGUGGGUGUGAGACGGACUUUGAGGAAAUGGCUUGUGGAGAAGGACUCACCAUCACCAACAGAGAACUUAUCAGUUGUGGGACGAGCAGAACUGAGCUUAUGGGUUGGUUACCGGAGGUUGAUUUGGUCUAUUUCGACCCUCGAUGGGACUUUAAAGCUGCUGAACUUAUUAACAAAGUUGAUGAGAAGAAGGAUGCUGAGCUUAUAUACACCGCAUGCAUCAGGUAGAAUAAUUGCAUGGGACAGGCAGCAUCAUGACAGCAUAUUAUCUCCUUUGAAAGCAUUGACUGGGUAGCAUUGUGUCAGACUGGUGUCCUUCAGUUUAAGUACUUGUGCUAGCUGAUGUUAAAGGUGAUGGUAGAGCCACACAUGAUGGUUUGUUUACUCGUAGUGUUUUGUAAGAAGCUAUGUAUGCUAUAUGCUAUUGUUGAACUCUGCUGUUAGACUUGAAAUGAUAUGCAUUUAUAUAUUAGGAAUGGAACCUAUGGUUAUUCUUAUAUGGUUGAAGUAA